AAUUUAUCUCUACAAUAACAUAUCAUCUCUUUGUUAAUAGAUUCGUCAAGUUAUUAUUAUUUUUUUGAAACAAUUUGUCAAGUUAUUUAUAAUUUUAAAAACAAACAAACAUCAAACAUGAUAUAUCUAAGAUUUUCAAUUCCAUUUACAGAUAAAAUCUCUUAAUAUAUUCCAUUUACAUAGUUCUUUGUGUUCUUCAAAUUAUUUUACCAUGCAAUAACACAACUUUUCAUUCAUAAAUGACUUUACAUACUAAUUUAUUCCUUGCACACAGCACGGACCCAAAUGGAACAUAACUUUUCCAUUAUUUCAAUAAAAUUUUAAAAAAAUGAACCUCUUUCUCUUUUUGUACAUAAAGAUGAUCCAACAAAGCGAACAAAAAUGGUAGGCCUCUUCUAAUAAUUAAUUGUAUAUAUAUAGGAGUAUGGUGAGAAGGCAGAUGUAGUAAAUGAUGAUGAUAAUGGGGAGAAGGUGUGAAGACUGUGGGAAUCAAGCCAAGAAAGAGUGUGUGUAUAUGAGAUGCAGAACUUGCUGCAAAACAAAAUCCUUUCAUUGCCAAACUCACAUCAAGAGCACUUGGGUUCCUGCCUACAGAAGAUCCCAAAAACAACAAUUGCAAACGCAAACGCAACCGCAUCAGAAAGGGCUCGCUACGAUUAACCCUAAACGUCUCAGAGAACAACACCCAUCUUCGUCCCCUUCAUCAUUAGGUGUAAGAAUCCACACUAGUACAAGACAUUUUCCAGCGGAGUUGAGUUCCCUAGCCGAUUUUCGAUGCGUAAAGGUGAGUUCAAUCGACGACGGAAAAGAACAAUACGCUUAUCAGACGACGGUGAACAUUGGAGGACACGUUUUCAGAGGCAUUCUUCACGAUCAAGGCCUUGAGAGAGUGGUGGUUGAUCAUCAAUCUACUCAUCAUCUUCAUAAUAAGCAUCAUGAUCAAGGAUUACUACCUCCUUCAAGUUCGCCAUGUCCCUUGAUGAUAACUAGUCCUUUUACUGAUUUCAUGUCCGGAACCCGAUUUUCUCCUAAUCAAAAGUCUUAAUUAAGAAUAAUAUUUAAUUUAAAAGUUUGUUUCCAUUGUUAGUUAAUUAGCUUUUAAAUGGAUCUAAAUAUGUUCUUGUAAUCUUUGUUAUUUUAUGAAAUUGAUUACACGGUGUUGAGUUGUUACUCCAAGUUAGGGCUCAGAAUGGUUCAUCACUAUAUAUGUACCAAUAAUUGCUAUUUUUCCUGCUCCGGACUUUUUUUAAUUGCAACCUUAGAGCAUCUCCAAUGUAAAACACCAUUUUUUCCUUCAAAAUGGAGUAAAAGUGAAAAUGAAGUAAAAUUGCUUCAAUCCUACUCAAUUUCCCACUCUAUAAUGGAGUGAUGAACAAAAAAAAAAUAGAUUACUCCAUUUAUGGAAUAAACUUCAUUAUGGAGUGAGAUAUGGGAUUGGGUUAGAACAUUUUUUACUCUAUAAUCACUUUUACUCUAUUUUAAAGAAAAAAAUGGAAUAGGGAUGAAGAUGCCCUUAUAAUGAUUUAUAUCUUAUUUUUCCUUUUACUUCAAUUACUUCAACCAUUGUCGUUUGUACAUCGUCGUAUCUACUAUGUACAAACGACGAUGUAAGUAGGAGUCUGUUAAACGACAUACUAAGAGAUAACUGAGCUUCUUCGGCAUAACAUUUGUAUCUCCCAGAUAGAGUGUAUAAAUUUUCAGUAUAUAUUUAGAAAAAUAUAGGAUCUAGCAUCAACUUAAAAAUAUAAACGCGAAACUUAUUAUUAUUUAAUGUAAUAAAAUGGAGGAUCUCUAGUACAUAUAUGGUGAUGAUGAUAAAUUUAGUGCAUCUUCCAAAGUCUGAACUAUAAGGUUUUGCCCAUAUCUUAUAUAUAGACAAAUAAGUAAGUUAACAGGUGGCGUUGAGGGGAUUAACGUUUGUCUCUUGUUACCUACUAACCUACCUCAUUUACUCUGUUACAUCUUUAUCCUAAAUUAAUUGAGCAUAAAUAAUUGAGUAUCAUUGUUUUAAGGGAUUACAGCAAACUGAUCAACCUGUCCAUAACGUAACUAUCAACAAUAAUGAAACUAUCCACAUUAACAAAAUAAGUCAUUCAUAUAUAUAUAAACCAACCGACGACAUAUAUAAGACAUUGGUGCUCUACGCCUCUACCCACAUGUUUUAUUGAUGAGAAAACGUCAAGAAGUUAACUUUAAACAAAAUUAACCUAGAAGCGAAGCAUCCAUCACCACUUGCAUUCUCUUUAGUAAUCUUGCAACUAAAUUUAUGAAAACCAUCUAGUAAACAGAUUACCAGAUUUAAACAAUAUUUUCUAUAGUCAUGAUUAAAGAACAUUUAUUUCUUGUUUUAAGCUAUAUAAUUACAAUUAUAUUUGAAUAUUCUAAACAUAUCGAACCAAUAAUGUUAGUCAAAAAUCAUAUCAAGCCGAUAGUGUAUAUAUCACAUAUGCUUAAUACUAGUUUGAUAAAUAUAUAUAUGCAAAAAAAAAAUCGGAUAACCGUAUUAACUAUGAUAUUACAAUCAUAAGUUGUAAUAGGCAAAGUAGGGAGAAGAUUUCAUAAUCUGGUGAUUCAAAAUACUCAAUGUUGCACAAAGGUCUCUGCGUGUGUCAACAAAGUUAGGUGUGUGCCUUUUACUUAGAUGUUCUUGCUUAGGAGAUUUUUAUUCCGAUUAUUUUUAAAAAUUAUAUCUGCGUUAUACUUGUACAUUAGAGAAUCAUCCUUUAUCAUG